AUACGUUAGACAUUCCGCCAGCUUUUCCCUCUAUUGAUAGCCCUCAGCGCACAAAACCUUCUCAAUCAAAGCUUACUCCUCUCGAAAAAGCCAACAAACUACGAAAAAAAGUAAAUUUAGAACCCGGCCACUCUGCCCUAGAUUGGGCAAGACUGAAAAAUAGCGAUUUCAAUAUGGGGGGAGUUUCAGAAAUAAGAGGAUAUACCCUCGAUGAGCUCAAACUUCAUAAGACAAAGAAUGAUGCUUGGACUGCAAUUAACGGAAAAAUAUAUAAUAUCACACCAUAUCUAAAAUUUCAUCCUGGAGGUGAAAAAGAAUUAAUGCGUGCUGCUGGUAAAGAUGGAACAAAACUAUUUAUGGAUAUACAUUCAUGGGUUAAUUAUGAUUUAAUGCUAGAUAAAUGCUUCGUAGGAUUUUUGGUUGGUAUAAAAACUGC